UACCACCUACACCCCCUCAACAGACACCAAUUGGGCUAACCUGCAUUGAUGCAAGCCCAUUGUGACCUGAUACCCUUUUUUUUUAACUUAGAUAGUGUUGUCUUAUGCCCCCGUCACCAUGCCACCACGAGUACAGAAUCAGCUCGUGACCAACUCUCUCCUCCCCUACCUCUCUUCCUCCUCCACCUCUACCUCCACAAUCUCCAAGAUCCCUACCCAAUGUUCUUCAUCAUCAAUUCCAUCCACAUCUCGGCGGACGUGCCGUCCCUUCUCUUCGACCGUGGCCUCUCAAACGAGACUACGCAAUGAGAUGUUCACUUGGUUGAACGGUGAAGGCGCCGCUCUGAAGAACUACGUCCCCGGGUCAACAAACUAUCUCACACAAAUCAAGGAGAGAGAUGAACAACCUACCGGACGGACCCGCCCGUUCCCAUUAAACCAGAACUUUGUCAGCGAGUCUAUCUUGAGUGAAGAGCUGAGGAACGAGAUCUACGAUCGCGUCGUAAAUCAAAAGAAGAGUGUCAGAGCUGUCAGUGUAGAUCUGGGAGUCGACAUGCGGAGAGUCGGUGCUGUUGUGAGGUUAGUUGAGUUAGAAAAGCGUCAGAAACAACAGGGUAAAUCACUAGCCUUGCCAUACGCUCGGGCCAUCCAUGAAAUGGUACCCACAACACCCCUAUACGAAGACACCCGCGACAAUCGCAACCGCCCUCACGAGUCAAUUAACGACCUUCCCGUCCACAAACUGACUGACCCUCAAAUCUUCUACCCUGUCUCCGAAUCCCGCCAAUUCAACCGUGUCGACGCUGGUCGUGUCUUCUCCGCCGCCCCAGCUCUCGAAAACAAGCAAGUCACCAACGACACUGCCGACCCGGCAGAAGCCAUCAGCCGCAUAACGCAAAAACCCUCCAAUAUUGAGAUAGUUGGAAAAGGUGAGGCUGAACAGCAAGUCCUCCAGCCCGCGGAUGCCCGUAUUCCGCACCCCCACCUUGUCGCGCACGAGCGCUUCCGUCAGUCUAAGCCAACCGAAUACCGCGAGAUCUUCAAGGCAUAUAACGAACGUCUUCGUCAGGAGGAAACCGCAGAGAAGGAGCGCAAGCGCCUCGCCAAGGAGCGUCAGGAGCAGCAACAAAUGAAGGUCCAGCCCGAGUCUUCGCGCUUUGAGUUCCGCUUCAAGGACGUCGUCGUUAGCAAGGAAACAACCGGGUCAGACGGUCGUGGCUCCAAGGCGCCGGGUCUCAGAUACGGUGUCCCCAGCUACGAGCGGAAGAAGGGCCAGGUCAAGAUCCCCACACGCGUGGAGGUUUAAGGUCCGGAUUAUCGCCGCUAGUUCGGAUGUCAUUCCGGUCUCUGUCUAUAUCAAUACCUCUUAUCUUUCUUACGCUCUUGUAUUUCUAUACUCCUCUGUACAGAUAUGGAUGUGAUGGGUCAGCGUUCGCUUGUACUUAUAAUUGAAUUGAAUUGACGUCGUAAAGACUAGAUACUGA